GGGUAGCGCAUUACGGGAGGGCGGAUCAUCGCAGAGGCAGCGACUCUCACAGAUUCCCGACUAUAACUGUCAAAAACAGGCAGCGAACGGACGAUGGCGGACCUGGACCUCAGUCUGAGCGACGCUCUGACGGACAGCGGGCCCCCGGCCGGCCAGGAGAACCUGGUGCAGCGGGACUUUGUGGCCUCGCUGGAGGCCGAGGCCUACGACGACCAGGUGGGCGAGACGGUGGGGAAGAAGGACUACAUUCCCCUGCUGGACGACGACGACAAGAAGAAGGACGCAGGUUCUGCCGUGACACUCGGGGGACUGAAGCCAGCGCAGCGCCCGGAACCACAGGGAGAAGUGCGGCCACACUCGACAGAACAACAGGUCUUCGCAACAGACUUCCUAUCGGGCCCAAUGAUGUCGGGGUUCGGGAACCAGUGGGACAGCCAGCCAAUAGGCUCCCAGAUACAGGGCGGUGGCCUAAUGGGCCCUUUCCCAGGCUUCUCCCAGCCCGGCCUGGUCAACAUGGACGUCGGGAUGGCUCCCUUCCAGACAGAGAGGCCUCCCAGCAUCGCCGAACCCCAGAAAUCUCCCCUGUCGCUCGCCUCCGAACCCCCGAAACAUCCCCCGCUGGACUCCACCACCGGACUCCUGGGUGACCCCUGGGAGGGCCACGGUGGGCUGCAGGCGGACUUUCCUUUCACCUCCAGCGUAUCCACGGUGAUCAGUCGCCAUGCCAACCAGCUGGCAGGGAGCCCCCCGGACCCCCAGUGGCCCCCCCACCAGAGCACGGGGGCAGGGGAGGAGAGGGAGGGCGAGGCGGCCGACCGCAAGCAGCAGCAGAAGAAGAAGAAGAAAAGGAGGCCUCGGGAGGAAGUGUACGACUUCCAGGAGAACAGGGGCCCCCUCGAGGACAGUCAGGGGCCACAGGCCGAGAACAUGCCCCCGGCCGACGGCCAGCACAGGCGGAGAGACGAGGGCUGGGAACGCGACGACUGGGGGAGAUCCGGGGGCCGGGGCAAGAAGGGCAAGAGCCGGAAGAAGUUUCCGGAUGAAUGGGCGAUGCUCCAGGACCCUCCUCUGCCCUCGGCUCAGGACUUGGGCUUCCAUUCCCAGGAGAUGGUUGCCGCGGAAACCCACAGCCACCGCUCCCUCGCCCAUGCCCACCCCCCGGCCGCCAUGGACACCUCCGGCCCCGGGAUGCCCGACCCGCUGCUCUACCUUGCCGACGACUCCCUCCCGCUGGACCUGGACGACGACCUCGUUCCCGGCAUGCCGUCCUCUCUCAGCCAGGACCUGCUCUCCCUCACCGCCUCCUUGUCCCCCGAGCCCCUUCCCGCCGGUCCCACCGCCACAUCACCCAGUCCGGGAACACCCAAAGAGACCCCCCACCCGCAGUCCCCCGGUCUGGGGAACUCCUUUUCCCUGGGUGGCACAGGUACCCCCGUGGCACCCUUCCUAGCAGCUGGUAGUCCCCAUCCAGGGAAGGCUGAGGAAGGCUUCUCCCUUCUCCCCUCAGACCUUUUCGCCACCGACACCCCUCCUUCCACAGAUAGCGAGGCUCUUCCUCCCAGUCCUAAAGGCGAGCAGGCCCAGAGUAUGCCCAUCCAGAAGGCCGCACUCGUGCCCUCCUACCCACCUCCCUCGAAAGAGUCUCCUCUUUCGACCCCCACCUCUCCCCAAACCGACCCCCUCACUGAUAAAAUGGUCCCUGCUGCAUCCCCGUCAGAAUCACCUUAUAAAGAUGAUAUCUUUGUAUCGGGUAAAGAUUCCCCCCUAGCACCCGUUGAAGGGGAAUUAGCGUCUCCUUCAAAGCCUUCUGACGAUCAGGAUCCUCUCUCUCAUACCGAUACUCCUGUAUCCCCCAUGCCAGAGGAGGACCCUGAUGACACCUCAGUCCUCCUUUCCUCGUCCUCCCCGAGACCGCCCAAAGAGGCUCAGGGCCAGAAGAGGAAACAACCGAAAAAACCCCGCUCCACCUCGGCGAAGAGUCCCACCUCGCCCGACCGGAAACCGGCCGCCUCCCCGACCUCUCCGGCCCUCAGCCCCUCCGCCCCGACCCCCCCGGCCCCCCCGGCCGGCAGCUCGCUCUCCGCCCUGGCUGCCCCGUUCCCCGGGCCGAACUGGGAGCUGAACCCCACCGCUCCGCCCUUCAUCCCCAACCUGGCGGACGAGGCAGGGGGACCGGCGGACCCCUCUCUGGCUGAAGUCGCCGAGCUCCUGUCGCGGGGAUUUGCGUCGCUGGAAGUUUUCCGCGUCAGCCGCGGCACAAAAGGGGUUGACGCCGACCUCGAGUUUUGUGUCUCCGAGGGGGGCCGUCGCAGGAUUAAUAGACCUGGCUCUCGGCUGUGUACGGAGGCUGUGUGA